AUGAACGGCUGGGCCGCCCCGGGACGGGAUCAGAGAAUCAACCCUGGCGAUCGGUCGCUCGAUGGAUCUGCAUGGAGAAUCCGGCAGACCAGUUUCGCACCUCGCAGCGACGGCCGCUUGCCUGUCGAGAUCGACUGCUCGCGCGAGAAGGUCCGCAUCAAGCGCCACAUUCUCCAGAACGACGACCAGGUCCAGUUCUUGCAUUCUGUCGUCGCCGACCUGGAGCGCCUGCCUUAUCACGCUGCCCUGACCACGACCAUUGCAAGGGUCAGGGACCGGAUCCUGCACUUGCAGUUUGGCGACGAUGCUGCCCCUCAUGACGGACAAGAAGCCGGGCCGUCAGCAUCCGACACGGGCGAUACUGCCGAGACGGAGGCGCCGGCCGAGCAGCAGGUCCCGGACACCCAGGUCGGCUUCCGCAAGUUCCGAGAUCCUUCACUCCUGACCGCGCUCGAGCACCUGGCCUGGGGCCGGACCUCGGGCAAGUGCUUCCCGCACAAGGCGUGCGGGUGCAAGCACCGCAGACAUCAUGCAGAGCCACACGCCGAGGGCAUGCCAUCCAUGCUGGGCCGGCACAUCGACGCUGGAGGAGCAGAGGCCGCCGUGCCUGACCCCGACGACGCCAGGAAGCUCGUCCAUUUCCACAUCCAGCACUUGGCGUGGCACCACAACUGCUGGCACAGCCCGACCUUCCUCGCCGAGUGCGAGACCUUCUGGGCCACCGGCACCUACAACCACCCCCUGUGGCUGGCCCUCUAUCUCUCGGUCCUGAGCGCGACCGUCUUUGGCACACAGCACAGCGAAAAGGCAAAGGCCGCCAUCGGCGUCGACACCGCGCGGCUCCCAAGCACGCAGCAGCUGUUCUCCAGCAUGAUCACGGUGCUGUAUCGGCAUCACUUCCUGCAGGACCUCACGCUCUACAGCGUGCAGGCCAUUGCCAUAUCUACAGAGGUCGCCCACAAUCUUGGCGAGAGCGAACUGAACGCAACCCUCAUCUACGCGGGCAUCCGCAUCUCCGAGUGUCUGGGUCUGCACCGCAUAGAUGAUCCUCCGGCGCUGGCCGGCAGCACAGAAGACUGGGAAACGCGCGUCGAGCGGGAAGUCGGCAAGAGGGUGUGGUGCCAGCUGACUAUCCAGGACCACUUUGCCAUCCCCUUCACCGAGACAUACGGCAUCUCGCCCGGGCAGGUCUCUACGAGCUACCCAAGCAACGCAGACGACCGUGAUCUGGUCCACCAGCCCGAAAAUGUGCCCACGGUCAGCAGCUACUGCCGCAAUCUGGUCCAGCUGGCCGUUUUGAUGCCCGAGCUGGCCGACGGCCUCGGGACCGCCAAGCAACAGCUCCCGCUCAAGCAGCAGUACGACCACGUCCUCCACAUGGACCGUCGCGUGCGCGAGGUCGUCAACCAGUUCCCGCCCUUCUUCCUCAAGGGCGACCUCGAGCCCGAGGCAAGCAUCCCGUGGCUGCAGAUCGCCCGAAAGUCUCUCGCCAUCACCGCCGCCGAAAAGAUCAUCAUGAUACACAGGCCCUUUCUCUUUCGCUCCUUCCAGGCCCCUGCGUAUGCGUUCACUCGGAAGACGUGCACGGCGGCCGCGACGACCAUCCUCCGAGAGCACAAUGCCCUUACCGAGGCCGAUGAAGUGUCGAUUUGGACGCAUACGGCCUUUUGCAUCACCGCCGCCGUAAUCCUGUGCCUCGAGAUAUACAGCACGCCCGGCAGCGACACCACUACGGCAGAGCACCACCGGGAGACCGUGAGGGCCGCACGGCAGCGGCUCGCCUCCCGGAGCGGCGACCUGCUUGCUCAGCGAGGCGUCACUCUCGUGGAUGUGCUGCUGAACGAGGGUUCGCAGUAUGGCGAGCAAGCACUAGACCAACGGGUUUCGAUGGGCUUCGACUGGAUCGCGUCCGUCUUGUAUCCUGCCAAGAACACGUCCAGUGGCGGCGUCAGUGCCGAGCAACUCAUGUUCGCGCAGGACAGCCAUGGUCCCGGGCCGGGAUCGGACUUUUCUCCCGGGGCCUGGGCCAGUAGCGAUGUUGGCGUCGGUGCUGGCUUCGACGUUUGGUUCAACAGUGUUUUCUUUGACAACGCCCAAGACAUGGUGCUCUGA